GAUAUAUAGGACGUCUUCAGAUGCGUGACGGUAUAUCCGACUCCUGUCGGAUUUAUGGUCAAUUUCCGUCCUAAGGCACUCUUGUUGCUUGGUCAGAACUCGUAUGACGAGAGUCCAGGGAUGCGUCAGGCAAUCCUUAGGCAAUGAGAUGUAGUAGGGGGGGGGAUAUUACAGUUAUCAAGAUUCUAGGUUUUUGAUUAGCUAUCUCCCCAGCUAUCCGUAUGAGACCUUUUGCUCCGAGGUGAGGUUUGCAAAAUUUCCUCUUACCCAACAAGUAAGUACAUACGUCCCUAAUUAAAAUACUGAUCUGUGCUGUGCUAGUAAAUGCAUCUCUAUUGCCCGCGAGGACGACACUAGUCGGCGUGCUUGGUAAUUUGGGCGUAAUGGUGUCACCGCGAUAGACUUCUCGGACUAGGGACCGGAUGGAGAUCGCUUACUAGUCCGACGCGUAAGUCUCUGAGUAUACGCAGCGCAACAUGCCAAAGCCUUUAAGGUAUAAAUACUAGAUGAAAUCACCAUGUCUACCAGCAAGCUCUUCCAGCCUAUCACGAUAGGCGAUAUCGUUCUGCGCCAUCGAGUUGUCCUUGCGCCGCUGACACGUCUCCGUACUACAUCACAACACGUUCUUACCGAUUUGGCCGUCGAGUACUAUAAGCAACGCUCCAGUACUCCCGGUACUCUCGUCAUAUCGGAGGGUACCAUUAUUGCUACGAAGGCAGGUGGUUUCCCACACAUACCGGUUUUUGAAACCGAAGAACAAUUGGCUGCUUGGAAGAAGGUUGUCGACGUGGUACAUGCAAACGGCUCCUCCAUUGUGGCUCAGAUCGCGGCUCUAGGUCGCGCCGCCGAUCCAAAGAUUCUUGAAGCUGAAGGUGGCUUCGAGCUGAUAGGUCCAUCCGACAUACCUGUCGAAGGCGGUCCGAAACCACGACCUUUGACUAUUCCAGAAAUCAAGGAAUACGUUGAUCUCUUUGCUACCACUGCAACCAAUGCCGUAAAGGGCGUUGGUUUUGACGGCAUCGAACUUCAUAUAUGCAACGGUUUAUUGAUGGACCAAUUUCUACAAGACGUCUCAAAUAACAGGACAGAUGAUUAUGGUGGCUCGAUAGAGAAUCGAUCGCGGUUUCCGCUGGAAGUCAUCAAUGCAAUCGUGAAGGCUGUUGGACCAACCAAGGUUGGUGUGAGGUUGAGCCCAUGGAAUGAUGUCAAUGGCAUGGGGAUGAAGGAUCCAGUCCCGACUUUCACUUAUUUUGUAUCUCGACUUGCCCAGUUACAUCCUACCCUGGCCUACCUCCAUGUGGUCGAACCACGAGCUGCCGGCGCCGAUGAUAGAGUACCCAAGGAGGGUGAAUCUAAUGAUUUCAUUAGAGCCAUCUGGUCUCCUAGACCGUUUAUAAGUGCUGGUGGGUUCACUCGAGAUCUCGCCAUUGAAGCCGCGGAUACCAAAGGUGAACUCAUCGCGUUCGGUCGUCACUUCAUCGCCAAUCCUGACUUGCCCCGACGACUCAUAGCAAAUGUUCUUUUGAAUUCAUACGAUCGUUCAACAUUCUACGCUAUAGGGGAAGCUGAGGGUUACACCGACUACCCAUUCUCUGAUAAACUGAAGGGAAAAGACGUGGGGAUAUAGACAGGCCAUCGAUAGACAACAAUGUCCAUUUAGAAGUAAAGCUUGAGGGCCAACAAGAUAAAGAAUACAACCGUAGCGAUCAAAGCAUUUGACUGGGAUAUGUGAAGCAAGAACAUAGAGGGUAGGAAACCCAUGUAGCUACAGAUCCCGAAUAUGACGGCUACGAUGAGGGCUGCAAUUGCAGCUCUCCUGAUC